AUGAGGAGGUGUGGAAAGAGACUUCGUACAAGUGGCAGUCUACAAAAGCAUCAGAGAACCCACACAGGAGAGAAGCCUUUUGAAUGCUCAGUGUGUGGAAAGAGAUUCAGUUGGAGUGGCAGUCUUCAAAUACAUCAGAGAACCCACACAGGGGAGAAACCUUUUGAGUGCUCAGAGUGUGGAAAGAGAUUCAGUCAGAGUGGCAGUCUUCAACAUCAUCAGAAGAUCCACACAAGGGAGAAGUCUUUUGAAUGCUCAGAGUGUGGAAAGAAAUUUAUGUGCAGUGGCAAUCUUCAAAAGCAUCAGAGAACCCACACAGGAGAGAAGCCUCUUGAAUGCUCAGUGUGUGGAAAGGGAUUCAGUCAGAGUGGCCAUCUUCAAUAUCAUCAGAGGACACACACAGGGGAGAAGCCUUAUAAAUGCUUGGAGUGUGGAAAGAGAUUCAGUCAGAGUGGCAAUCUUCAAUGUCAUCAGAGAACCCACACAGGUGAGAAGCCUUUUGAAUGCUUGGAGUGUGGAAAGAGAUUUAGUAUGAGUGGUGAUCUUCAAAAGCAUCAGAGAACCCACACAGGGGAGAAGCCUUUUGAAUGCUCAGAGUGUGGAAAGAGAUUCAGUCAGAUCGGCAGUCUUCAAUAUCAUCAGAGAACCCACACAGGAGAGAAGCCUUUUGAAUGCUUGGAGUGUGGAAAGAGAUUCAGUCACAGAGGCAGUCUUCAAUAUCAUCAGAGAACCCACACAGGGGAGAAGCCUUUUGAAUGCUCAGAGUGUGGAAAGAGAUUCAUGUGGAAUGGCAAUCUUCAAACGCAUCAGAGAACCCACACAGGGGAGAAGCCUUUUGAAUGCUUGGAGUGUGGAAAGAGACUUCGUACAAGUGGCAGUCUUCAAACGCAUCAGAGAACCCACACAGGGGAGAAGCUUUUUGAAUGCUUGGAGUGUGGAAAGAGAUUUAGUAUGAGUGGCGAUCUUCAAAAGCAUCAGAGAACCCACACAGGGGAGAAGCCUUUUGAAUGCUCAGAGUGCGGAAAGAGAUUCAGUCAGAGUGGCAGUCUUCAAAAUCAUCAGAGAACCCAUGCAGGAGAGAAGCCUUUUGAAUGCUCAGUGUGUGGAAAAAGAUUCAGUCGGAGUGGCAGUCUUCAAUAUCAUCAGAAGAAGGUUUUCUUCAUAGCCCAGUGA